UUGCAUGCUUGCGGAUACUUCACGUCUUAAUGUUUGCGCAGCAUCGUUCCUGUUAUAUGGUCCCCAGAUAUAACUAGCGUGAAGGUGGAAAUACGAAGCAAGCUGCUGUAACGCCCUAUGGCAGAGGACAGUGCCCUCUAAAGCCCAGCAGAAAGUUUCCCACCAGAGAUUGCUACGUUUAGAGCAGGCGAUAAGUAGGUUUUUGUUGAGAUGUUGGUGUGCCACAGCUUAGGAUGGCGCGUGUCGUCUCUUAAACUAGUUUUGGAUGGGCUUCGAUUGCGUGCACAGCCUCGUAUGCGAAUACACUCACAGUCAUGCACAAGCACUUCGCAACCCAAGCGUGUACAGAAUUCAUGUCCUGCUCACAUGGUCUCGUACGCAGCGCAGUGCCGGAAAUUACCGUGUCUCUCUGCGUCUGUUCACACACGUAUGCUACAUGCAAGCGCUCGUGCAAACCACGCACAGCCCCUUCAAUCACCGCCCGAUGGGUCGAACCCUUUGACUCUACGGUCGGCCUUUUCGUACACCUACUACUCCCAACACACUCAUCUCAACAACACCCACGCGAACAUCACCGGCAUCUUCAAUCUGCCUGUGCUCAAGACCAGUGACGGGUUCCAAACAUUUGCCGAUGAAGCCUUACGGGAGAGCGAGGCCUUGCGCAUGCAGAUUGCACAGUGUGCUCCGGGUGUGCACGUAGUUGAACUGAUGGAUGCGCUCAGUGACACGCUGUGUGCCGUGGUGGAUCUGGCGGAGUUUGUGCGCAACAUUCACCCCGACAUUGAGUUCCGCUCAGCGUGUGAGGAUGUGUGUAGACGGAUACAUGCGCAUUUUGAAGAAUUGAACACGGAUACCCGACUGUCCGAUGCGUUGAGGCGUGUGGUUGCGCUGCGUGAAUUCGACACAUUUGAUUACGAAGUGCAACGAACCGCAACGCUGCUGCUGUUUGACUUUGAGCAAUCGGCCAUUGACGGCAGUCGGAAGGAGCGAGAGGCUGUGCAAGAGUUGACGGCGCGAGUCAAUCAACUGGGCCUGCAGUUUGUCCACAACACACAGACCGAAAGAGGGAGGGUGACCAUACCCUUGAACGAAGCACGAGUACUGCCUGCUCAAACCAUCGCACGCCUACCACAUGUGCGCGAUAAGAAAGGAGCAAUGUCCGUAGCAGUGCACACGCCCAGCUAUCAGGCAGAAAUGCUUCUGGCGACUUCUGCGAAUGCCAAUGUGCGCAAAGCCCUCUACACAGCUAACACGCCGGAGAGUCAACCCCGCAGAGAGGUGCUGAUGGGUCUGUUGCAAGCACGCCACGCACUGGCUCUGACCACCGGACAUGCGUCGUAUGCGCACAAGGCGCUCAAGGACACCAUGGCCGAGCAGCCCGAGCGUGUCACAGCCUUUCUCACAAGCAUAGCCGAUGCAUUCUUACCCGAACGCACAGCGGAAAUGCAGCAGUUGAGUAGACUGAAGCACACUCACGAGCACACCAAUCAAGGGGAGGGGACUACGCAGGAAGGGUUGAAGGCGUGGGAUAAGGCUUACUACUCGGAGAUCAGACGUACGCAAACUAGCUCGUCUGUAGGUAGGAGGGGAGGUGCAAUGAGUGAGUACCUAGAACUUGGCAAUGUAUUCGAAGGUUUGGCGGAUAUACAUAGAAACCUCUACGGAGUAGAUAUUGUACCGGUUCAUACACUUCCAGGAGAAGUGUGGGAUCCGCACGUAGUCAAGCUCAAGCUCAUUGAGAUGAAGGGCGCACACGAAACGGAUAGUGUGCUGGGGUACAUAUAUGCGGAUCUGUUCACGCGCAGCGGUAAAAGCGACCAACCAUCGCAGUUCACAAUUCGAUCCGGUAGGCGUAUAAGCGACACAGAGUACCAGACGCCCAUAGUGGGACUCUUGUGCUCUUUGAACGCACCCUCGCGCGACACACCCACUCUACUGCAACACCAUGAGCUUUCUACGCUCUUCCACGAGAUGGGACAUGCGGUGCACUGCAUCCUGGGGAGGACACGCUUCCACCAUGUGGCUGGCACGCGAUGCAAAAUAGACUACGUUGAGAUCCCUUCGAUCAUGAACGAAUUCUUUGUCUGGGAUUACAGGGUGCUAUCACGCUUCGCCAAACAUCACCGCACUGGUGAAACAGUGCCUGUUGGAUUACUCGAGGGUCUCAAGCGAGAAAAGCAGCUGAAUGCCGCAUCGGAGACACUCUCGCAAGUCCUCUAUGCACUGGGCGACCAGGUGCUUCACAACGCAACACAUCACAGUCACAACAGACCCGUCGACAGUCUGACGCACAAGGUGACGGGAUACGAACAUGUGGACGGUUCGGUGUGGGAGCUGUACUUUAGUCAUAUGUACACGUACGGAGCAAGCUACUACACCUACCUGUGGUCCAAGGCAUUUGCAAAUCUAAUCUGGCAGGAGUGCUUCAGUGCUAAUCCCCUGAGCAGAGAAGUAGGAGAACGAUAUAGAGAUAACAUGCUAGCGCCGGGAGGGGGUGGUAAGCCUUGGGUCAUGGUUGAGCGUAUGUUGGGCUACAAACCUACUCUGACGCAUCUCGUUGAAAGUGUAGUCAAAGGGCACACACAUAUUUGAUACAUAAAUUUAGCACAUUCACUACAGCA